AUGGCAACAUCCCAACAAAUCUCACAAUGCAUAAACUUUGAACCUGAACUACUUGAAUCUCUAAAAUUCGUAUUAAUAUCCGGCUCGUCUUGUUUCAAAACAAAUUUACAACAAAUACGUUCCACUCUAAAGCAAGCAACUGUGAUAAACAUUUACGGGACCUCGGAAUGUGGAGGUAUAUCAGCCAAUUUUGGUGAUUACAAAAUAAAAUCAGUUGGUCAAUUAUUUUCCAAUGUGGAAUUAAAAAUUGUAGACGAGGCUUCGGGUGAAAAGUUGGGUCCUUAUGAAAUUGGCCUACUGUGUGUUAAGAAUAAAUUUCACCCUAAUGAAAUGGCUUACUAUGGUGAUGUAGGUGCUUUUUACAAAAUUCUAGAUGCUGAAGAUUAUAUCAUAACCGGAGAUUUGGGUUUUAUGGAUUCAGAACAUUAUUUAUAUUUAUCGGAUCGUCGUGAAAUUGUAUUGCAAUAUCUAAAUUUAUAUUAUUCCCCUUGUGAAUUCGAGGUGAUUGUGGCUGAGCUUAAAGGUGUUCAAGAUGUUAGUGUUGUAGGUGUUCAGGAAGAGGGUAAAGGUGAUGUACCUGCUUGUGUGAUAGUAAAGGAAGAAGGAUAUGAAGACGCCGAAGACAAUGACUAUGAUGAUCAUAAUAAUAAUGAUGAUGAUGAUGAUGAUGGUGGUAACAGAAAGCCCUAA